UUAUUAUAUAGUGUGAUGAUAGUACGGCGGACUUUGGAAUCGCAAUUCGUACCCUACAGGCUACAACUAACGCGGCGUUUAUGCGUUUCGUUUUCGUGAUUGUAUUAUUAUUUUUAUUCAAUUUCAAAACUGUGUUGGAAGAGCGCCGGCGGUGUACAAAAACCGAUUACGUGCAUAUUACAUAUUAUAUUAAUUAAUUUUAUUAAUACUAUUCGAUUUAAGACAACGGAACCCCCGCCGCCGUCAUCAACACCAUCAUUUUAAACCCAAAAUCGGCAUUGUUUACUCCCCCCAUCGUGUGCGCUGACCGCUGUUCCGUUGGUUUAGGUGCGUGUUCGGGCGCUAAGUACUCGAAAUUUUUGAUUUCGUUCUUCUACACUGCCCUGGACGAAAUCAGAGUUAUCAGAUUUUAGACUGUCCUGGUCAAAAAGUCGUUCUACACCCGAGUUAUACGCAAUGGCAUGACUGCACAUCAUAUUGUCGUUCUCUAAAGUUUCACGUUGACCGAUUUGGAUUUCAACAGCCAUGGAAGUAUAAACAAGCUAAUCAAAAACAAUACUAUGAUUUUACUUUUUAUUUUAUUUCAAACUUUAUUUGUGUAGUAAUUGGUAAAAAAUAAUUUUAAUAUGGCUGCACAUUGUUUUGAUCCUAACAACAAAGCCAGUUGGUAUUUCGGACAAAUGUCACGUAUUGAAGCUUCUGAUCUAUUGAUGGGUGAACGAGAAUGUGGAACAUUUUUAAUUAGAGAUAGUCUCAGUAUUCAAGGAGACUAUGUGCUAUGCGUGAGGGAAGACAGCAAAGUUAGUCAUUACAUUAUCAAUAAAAUACAAGAAAAUAAUGAAACGAAAUAUAGAAUUGGUGAUCAGAUGUUUGCCGAUUUGCCUAGUUUAUUAGCAUUUUAUAAAUUACACUACCUUGACACUACUCCUCUCUUGAAACCUGCUGUUAAACCAAUAGAAAAAGUUGUUGCCAAGUAUGACUUUGUUGGAAAUGAUCAAGAUGAUCUACCGUUUAGAAAGGGAGAUAUUUUGACAAUUCUUGUAAAAGACGAAGAACAAUGGUGGACAGCUAAGAAUAUUAUGGGUCAAAUGGGUUCUAUUCCAGUUCCAUAUGUUCAAAAAUAUGAUGGAAAUCCACCCUUACCAAUAAAAGACAGUAAUCAAAUUCCUGGAUCUAAUAAUGAGUCAACAUUAAGGCGGUCUAGUCUUCAAAAAAAAUUACCAGCUCUAGCUAGAGUUAAACAAGUCCGUGUACCAAACGCAUAUGAUAAGACAGCAUUAAAACUUGAAAUUGGAGAUAUAAUCAAAGUAACAAAAACUAAUAUUAAUGGUCAAUGGGAAGGAGAGCUAAAUGGUAAAACUGGACAUUUUCCAUUUACUCAUGUGGAAUUUGUGGAUUCUGAAAUGAAUGAUUGUAUAAGUGACAGUUAAUUUUAACAAUUUUUAUAGCUUCUUAGUUCUCUUAGUUAUUAUUUAAUUAUUUUUUAAAUAUAUUUCGUAAAUGGCAACUAACUAGAUAGGUUAAUACAGAUAUAUUUUAUUAUAAUGAAUCAUUGUAUGUUUUAUUCAUUAAAAUAGAGUUUUAUCUACUUAAUUGAAAAAAACCAAGUAGACUUGUACCAGACAACUUUGUAAUGUAAAGUUAUUUUGAAUUGUAUUUUUAAUGUGUGAAAUAUACUGUAUUGCAUUAUUUGUUUAAUAAAGCAUCAGCAAGCCAAACAUAUCAAAAUUAAAAGUUUAUUAAAGUAAAUUUAAAAUAAUAUUAUUUAUACAUAAAUUAGUGCCGGUAUAACUGAAUAAUUUACAAUAUUGACUAUUAGUCUUUAUUUAGAAAAAAUAACUGACCAAUAAUUAGAUAGAUAAUUAGUUUAUAUGAUUAACUAACCAAAUAAAUUAGUCAGUUAAUGACUAACACUUAAAUAUUUAACUUGAGGCCAACAAAUAAAUAUGAGUAAUAGUUAAUUAAAUGAUAUUUACUAGUAAACAUUUAAAAUAUAUUUUUUAUUUUCCAAAUAAAUUAACAAUAUUAAUAUUAAAAUUGUUUUACAUUUAUAUACAUACAGUCCAAUACUUGAAAAUUCAUAAAUCAUAUUAUUGUUUAUUAGCUAUAUUACUCUUUAUGCCAUAAAUCUGAAAUGUUAAUUAAGGGAAUAAAAAAACCCUUAAUAUAUCAGUCAUAAGACAUUAUGAUUACAUUACCUUCGACCAACAAUACUGAAACUAAUAUGACAUAUUAAUUAUUUCAGUAUAAACUGUAUAUAAUAUAAAUGCUUUAAUUUAUUUCACUUGUUAAAAAGUUUAUUUUUUUAACACCCAAUAUUUAUUCAUGUUAUAAUUGUAAAUUACAUAAAUUAAAAAUAAUGCUUAAAUCUUUGUUGCAAAUUCAAAUAUUUAUUGAUAUUACUGUUGUUGGUUAGGUAAUAUGAUUUUAGCAAUUAUCAAUUAUUUUUAUCUUCAACCAUAAUUUUCAAUACGUUCUUUGUUAUUUUACCUUUAUUGAAAGAAUAGCCCGUGUAGUAGAAAAAAAGUUCUUUAAUGUUACAAAUGUUAAACAAAUUACUACAUUUCCUCAGGUACUGAUCAUGUUGGAUCAGCUUGUCAAUGUUUGGUGCAAUUUAAAAACAAUAACAUCAAAACAUAAUAUUACAAUUUAAUUAUUCAUCAAAAUUUGGUCAACACUUUCCACAUUAUUAAAUUUAAUUUUUAGUACCAACCAUUAUUAGUAUGAUGAUGUUCAGUUCAGUGGCUCUAUGUCAUACCUAGAAUUUUUUUUUAUUUUUUAAAGUUUUCCUAACACUAUCAUGCAACUUUAUAUCUUAUAUAUUAAAUAAUUGUGUUUAUUAAGCAAUAAAAUGUAUUUAUAUACUUAAAAAAUGAACAGAAAAACAGUAAUAAAAUAAUUUUUUUGAACUGCUUCCUUGAAUAAAUCUUGGGUGUGUGCCACUGAUUAAUUUAGAGAAUUCAAGGAAGGUAAUAAAUAUAAUACAAAAAAUAAAAAUAUUAGUAGUAAUGGUAGUAUGCAUUAAAGUUUACUAAUCUGAUCUACCAUUUUGACAUACAUUAUAAAUAUAUACCUAGCAAUUUUUAUAAAAAUUAACUACCAAUAUUUUAACUAUAAAUAAUUAUUAUAUUAAAAUUUGUAUGUUUGGCGAUUGUAAUUAUUUUAUUUUUUUAGCCUAGACAUCCAUAGCCAUUAGCUUUUUUUACAUAUACUUUAACUUACAUUAGUUUGCAUUAUACAGUAUAUUAUAUUUUUUUAUUAUUGGCUUACAAUAAUUUAUCUAGUUUUGAGUUGUUAAGAAAGAUGAUCAGCUGUUGUGUAUUGUCUAGUGUGAGGGCUUCCAACAGAAUACUGAAAAUUCUCUCUUUUUGUCUCUGAUUGUAAUUAUUAUAAAUUAAAUAAUAAUUUAUCAUUUUUUUUGUGUUGUCAAUAGAAAUAAAAAUAACAAAACCAACAA